CAUCCACUUAAUUUUGCAGAAACUAAACAAAUUAUUUUUUUAACGUUUUACUUUUUUGUUGUUUUCUGUGUAUUUCCGGCGUUAAAGGCCGGCGGGAGCGAUUGCGAUGAACUUUGUCACCCACAUUUAUCAACGCCGAUAAUAAACCUUUGGAGUUUGUUGAUAAAAUCUCAUUAAGAGCAUCAAAUAUGUCCUUAUCGCUUUUAUUCUAGCUUCUCCCUCCCUCUUUCAACACCUUGUUUAUGCUCUAUUUGUUAAGUUGAAAGAAGUGCUCACUAACACACAAUUCCACACAUUUGUCCAAAAUAUUAGACAAAUAUGGGCCCUUGUGACUAUAGAAAGGGUAUUUUGAUCUCAGGGUCAGCUUAAAAAUGUUGUCAUGUCAUUAUCCAAGCCACUUAUCCUCACAAGGUUUGCAGAAAAACUGGACCCUAUCCGAGCUAGCUUCAGGCGAAAGGCGGACUACACCCUGAACUGGUCGCCAGUCAGUCACAGGGCAGAUAUCGACAGCAUCACUGAGCAGGAAUCGAUCCCACGCUGCCCGCACCAAAGGCGGGCGUGUGUGCCACUGCACCAUCAGUGACCUGUCAUCAUCCAAGCCACUUAUCCUCACAAGGGUUGCGGAAAAACUGGAGCCUAUCCCAGCUAGCUUCAGGCGAAAGGCGGACUACACCCUGAACUGGUCGCCAGUCAGUCACAGGGCAGAUAUCGACACCAUCACUGAGCGGGAAUCGAUCCCAAGCUGGAAGGGCAGCCAUGUGUACCACUACACUAUCAUAUAUAUGAUAAAUGUGAAAAUAUUAAAUUCACAGUUUGUGAAAUUAAUUCAUUAAAAUAAAAUGGUUCUUCCUUUCGUGCAUAAUCAUAUAUCAAUGUAUGAUUAGAUAGAUAGAUAGAUAGAUAGAUAGAUAGAUAGAUAGAUAGAUAGAUAGAUAGAUAGAUAGAUAGAUAGAUAGAUAGAUAGAUAGAUAGAUAGAUAGAUAGAUGGAUAGAUAGAUAGAUAGAUAGAUCAUUUUAUCAAAACAAAAGAUUUCAUUUCGAUAUCUCUGUCCUCGCGCUGUUCCUAAUAUUUUGCUGACCCCUCAUUAGCUACACCUGAGGGUAACCAAAAUCAUAAACCCGCAGUUAAAUUAAUGGCUCUCAAUCUUAAAUUAGCAUUGAUAAAAUAUGAGAAAUAGUUCAGGCUCCUCCUAUCUAGCAUCACCUAUGGUGGUGGGGGUGGGCUGCAAUUUGGCGUGGGGAGGGGAGGGGGGGGGCGCGUCGCCAUUUAAGCCAUGUGACAUGACGUGGCUUGUAGUGCGAGGACGACAAUGAGUAGAUCUUCCUCGGGUAUCGCCCAGGCGUUCCGCCUAACGCUCGCCCUGACCGUCACCAAGGCCAGCGAGGGUCCGGGCGCCAGUCGGGGUCCCGGCUCGACCCCUCCCGGCCAGAAGCUGCUGAUCGGUUUCCAGGCUCCUCGGAACAUGUCGUUCCCCUUCGGCGCCCAGCGACUGGGCUCCGCCAUCCAGAUCGCCGUGGACAAGGUGAACGGCAACCCCUCCUUCCUGGGCAACUACACCCUGGGCUUCGUCUACGUGGACACGGCCUGCAGCCCGAAGCUUUCCUUAGGGGGCUUCAUUCAGCAGGUGUGGAGGGACAACGUGUCCGCCGUCUUUGGCCCAGCGUGUCCCGAAGAAGCUGAGGUGACGGGUCUGAUCGCAUCCACGUGGAGCAUCCCCAUGUUCGGCUUCGUGGGCCAGUCGUCCAAGAUGGACGACGCCGCCGUGUACGACUCGUACGUCAACGUGGUGCCGCCGCUCAAGCGGAGCUCCGAGGUGCUGGCGAAGACCUUGGAGUUCUUCGGGUGGACGCACGUGGCCAUGAUCGGAGGCGGUCUGGACUCCAACACGUGGGACAAAGUGGACGCGCUGUGGAAAACGGUGGCGACGUCGCUGAGGUCACGGUUCAAGUUGACGGCGGCCGUCAAAUUCGACACCAGCGAUCCGCGUCUGGUUCGCCGCAACAUCAAGUACAUCGCCACCGUGGCCAGAGUGAUCGUGGUCCUGACCAACAAGGAGGACUCUCUGACGCUGCUGCUGGAGGCCGAGCGGCAGGGCCUGAUGGGCGGCGACUAUGUUUUCUUCCUGCUGCAACAUUUUGAGGUCAGUGGCGGCGUGGACAACGUGUGGAAAUACUCAAUGGACGGCCAAAUUAACCGAGCGGCCCUCCGAGCCUUUGACAUGACCUUCAUCAUCGGCCAGAAGUCGUACGACGGCUACGACUACUACGACUUCUUUGAGCAGGUGUACGAAAGACUCCGAGGACCCCCGUUCCACAGCAACCUGACCUCCGAGAGAGAGGUCAGCACCUACUCGGCCUACUUGCACGACGCUGUGCUGCUCUACGCCAUGGCCUUGAAGGAGGUCCUGAAAGACGGCCAAGACCCUCGCGACGGACGUCGGGUUCUGCAGAAACUGAAGAACAAAAAUGACCUGCGCUUCUACGGAGCUUCCGGACUGGUCCACUUUGACGAGGACGGGCAGCGAAACCUGGACUAUUCCAUUUACGACCUGCAGUACAGCAGGGAUGACGCCGCGUUUGUCCCGGUCCUUCAUUUUGACAGCCACAGCAAAAGCAUCCGGCCGACCCCCAUGUUCGCCGCAGUGACCUGGCCCAAAGGGAGGCCCCCGUCCGACAACCCCGAAUGCGGCUUCAACAACGAGCUGUGCGAAUGGCUGAGUAACGACGUCGUCCUGCUGGCUCUCCUGGUCAGCUUCCCCGUCAUCGGCGUGUUGGCCGUGCUGGGCAUCGGCGUCCUGGUGCUGCAGAAGCUGCGCCUCCAGAGCAGCCUGGAGGACUCGCGCUGGUGGCUCAUCGACUACGGCGACAUCACAAUCAUCAGGGAGACGUCGCACGUGCAGAACCUGUCGCUGAGCACCGCCGGGAGUCGGAGCGGCAGCGGAGGUUCGUACUCCACCUUGUCCACCACCAGCUUCGCCUUCAGGGACAAAAUGGGCAAAGAGCACAUCUACGCCACCAUUGGCCUCUACCAGGGGAAUUACGUGGCCAUCAAGUACAUCAAGAAGGACGUCCGCGAGAACCUCCAGAGGGCCUCCGUCCUCGCCGAGUUCAACGUGAUGAAAGAGAUGAAGCACGAGAACCUGUUGCAGUUCUUCGGCGCAUGUGUGGAGCCGCCCAACGUGUGUCUGGUGACGCAGUACUGCAGGAAGGGCAGCCUGAAGGAUGUUUUGAAGGCUUCCGACGUGGAGCUGGACGAGAUGUUCAAGCUUUCCUUCGCUUACGACAUUGUCAACGGAAUGGACUUCAUCCACAAGAGCAAGCUCAAGUUCCACGGCAACCUGAAGACCAGCACCUGCAUGGUGGACACUCGGUUGCAGGUCAAACUAUCCGGGUUCGGACUCUGGGAGUUUAAGUACGGCACUAAAGGGAACAGUCACCUGCCAGGAACUCCCAAAUAUGAAGGGUUGUUCUGGACAGCUCCGGAGCUUUUGAGACAAGUCAACGCCGUGAUCGCUGGGACCCCCAAAGGCGACAUCUACAGCUUUGCCAUCAUCCUGUGGGAGCUCAUGUACAACUCCAAGAGCGGCCCGUACCACGAGUUCGACAUGGAGCCCAAAGAGAUCAUCACGAGGCUGCGGGGGCCCUUCCGCGGCGAGCCCCUCAGACCGGCCCUGUCCGACCUGUGCCACGAAAGCAUCAACUCGCUGCUCAGGGUCUGUUGGAACGAAAACCCGGACCACCGACCGCCGUUUAGGUCCAUUCUUAGACAACUGAAGGAAGCCAGUCCAGAAAGCCAUGCAAACAUUCUGGACAACAUGGUGGAGAAACUCGAAAAAUACGCCAAUCACCUGGAGGAGGUGGUGGAGGAGAGAACCAAUCAACUGGUCGCCGAGAAGUCUCGCGCAGACAAGCUUCUCUCCAGCAUGUUGCCGAGGUACAUCGCCGACGAACUGAUGGCGGGGAAGUCGGUGGAGCCUCGCAGCUACGACAUGGUGAGCAUCUUCUUCUCUGACAUCGUGGGCUUCACCUCCAUGUGCGCCAUCAGCUCAGCCAUGGAGGUGGUCAUGUUCCUCAAUGACCUCUACAGCCUCUUUGAUGACAUCAUCAGGAUGUAUGACGUCUACAAGGUGGAGACCAUCGGUGACGCCUAUAUGGUGGCCAGCGGUCUGCCCAUCACCAACGGCCAACAGCACGCCGUGGAGAUCGCCACCCUGGCUCUCCACUUUCUGAGCGCCAUCAAGCGCUUCCGCAUCCGCCACAUGCCCACCCAGCUGGCCAUCCGCAUCGGCGUCCACUCGGGUCCUGUAGUGGCCGGCGUGGUCGGGAGCACAAUGCCUCGCUACUGUUUGUUCGGCGACACGGUCAACAUGGCGUCUCGCAUGGAGAGCAACAGCUUACCCUUGAAAAUUCACAUUUCUCAGAGCACCGCCGACAUUCUGGUCCAGAUGGGAUCGUUCGAGCUGGAGGAACGAGGAGAAAUCGAAAUGAAGGGUAAAGGUUACCAUAAGACCUACUGGCUGUUGAGCAAACAGGCUUUCAACCCUCCUUUACCGGCUCCUCACAGCCCUGCACGGACGGAUUCGUGCCUCCAGCUGCCAAAAGAGAAAAUGGGCACGUGCAGACCUGCGGAUAAAUGGGCCGCAAAGCCUGCUGGCGAGGACGCCGCCGUGCCUUUGGUUGACGUUUAGGUUACCCGGGAAAACAAAAUAAAAUUUGCGUCGUUUUAUUUUGUAUUUAUUGAUACAUUCUAAGUGGACCUCGCUCUGAACAAAAGGCACAAGAAUCCAUUUUGGGGAUUUUUAAUUCUUUACGUGCAAGUGAAAUAACACACAUGAGAUUAUCAGUUCACAAUUGAUCCUACCAAGCCUAAUUCAGUAAAUCAAUCAUAAUUAUUAAUUGAGCAGAUUCCUGGAUGAAUUUAGAUGAUAUCACAUCAAAUAAUAAAAAUAAAUGAAGCCUCUUGUAGGGAGUGCAUACAGCUACGUACGCUAAAGUAAACAAUAUUUAUUAUACUUGUACUAAGCGCCGAGUCGCCUACCAUAGAUAGUUUUUCAUUGACGUCACGCCGACCACGUGUUUUUGUUUACAAUGCCAUUUUGUACGGCAAGAUCGUGUGUACACAUCAUGGCUAAGAAGCGAUAGGUGUAUGCUAUAAUGAUCUUUUAUCUUGAAAGUCCUUUGACAAACGAACACUGUAUAACCAGAGGCGAUUGAGGCACUCGUGCUGAAGUGAGGAAUAAAGAAAGAAACUCGAGCGCAAGCAACGUCUCGUAAUUAUCAGAUUGAGCUAUAGUACUGCUCGUAUAUAGCAAGUGUGAUGUGAUUGUGUCGACGUCAGCCGCGACGAAACAGGACGAUAAGGAAGUGAGCUAGAGAGGUUGGCGGCUGGGGGAGCGAAAUAAAUAUCAUCCACGUUAAAAAGUACAGUCGGACUCAUGUCUACAUUAUUCAAUAACAUGACAGCAAGAUCAUAACAUGGUGUCAGAGUGAUGGCAGUAUAACUACGGAGUCACGGGGGGAAGAAAAAAAUUGGACAAAGACGACGACUCACCCAAUUU